AGAUCCCAAAGCUCUGUCAGUCAAAAUUCUUCAAGUAAAAGGGAAUGAUGGGUGACAUGAGCAGAUGGAUAUUCUUCAUGCUACUCUGUUUAUUGCACACGGGACAAGCUAUAUGGUUGACUGUUCCCCCCAUUGGAACUAAAUGUGUUUCUGAAGAACUUCACAACAACGUCGUCGUUUUGGCUGAUUACUAUGCCCUUCCCGAUGAUCAUACCCAUCCCAGCCCCACCAUUUCCGUCAAGGUCACCUCACCAUUUGGGAACACCCUUCAUCACAAUGAGAACACGACACAUGGUCAGUUUGCCUUCACAACAACUGAGGCUGGCAACUAUCUAGCUUGUUUUUGGGUUGAAGAUGGUCAUAAUCCAGGAGGUAAGAGCUUAAAUGUUGGCCUUGACUGGAAAACCGGAAUUGCUGCCAAGGAUUGGGAAUCAGUUGCCAGAAAGGAGAAGAUAGAGGGUAUUGAACUUGAGCUGAGAAAGCUUGAGGGAGCUGUGGAGGCCAUUCAUGAAAAUUUGAUAUACUUAAAGACCAGAGAAGCAGAGAUGCGGGCGGUUAGUGAAAUAACUAAUACGCGGGUGGCUAGCUUUAGUCUUGCAUCCUUGGGAGUCUGCGUCCUGGCAGCGGUUUUACAAAUAUUGUAUCUGAAGCGAUAUUUCCAAAAGAAGAAGCUAAUUUAGACUUUCUUUGGUUGAAGUUACAUUCUAGUUGGCAGAUAAAAUCUUAGGACUAGCAUCAUUUGGCACUUUUUAUGUGAUUUUAGUGGAUCUACCUUUUACUGUAUUAGAUAUUGAAGGCAAAGGUUUCAUGACUUAGAUUUGUUCUUCACUUGAUCAUUUCAGUGGACAUUGUUGUUGACUUGUUGUACAUUCUCUGAAGCAGUCUUGCUUAUUUAAGCAGCGGAAUUCUCUC